AUGAAGCUUUCUCUUUCAGUGACAGAAGCCUCAUCUGAUAAUGAUACGAUAACCUUUAAGAUCAUUACCAAAGCGCGGGAAAAUUGUACCAUAGAUUUCACUUUCGCGUCUCCAGUAUAUCGUACUUAUCAACAACUUAAUUGGCUUUAUUCUAGACUUUGUUUAAAAUUACCUGAUUAUGUCAUUCCACCAAUUCCUGAAUCACCUAUUCUAAAUUUACUCGAUGAUUUGGAUUAUAUCAAUCGUAAAAGAGUUCAAAUUGAACGGUUCUUACAAAAACUUGGAAAUAGAUCAAAAUUUGUCAAAAAUAUGGAUUUUAAAUACUUUUUGACGAAUAAUAUGACCAAUUUUGAUUCAUUAGAUGGAAAAAUGGGAAAAAAAUUGGGAUUUUUAAAUAACAUUAUUAAACCCAAUUAUGAACGCGGUGUUCGUAUAUACCGUCCCAGCGAACCAAUCGAUGAAAAUAAUGCCGAAGAGUUUCAAAUGCGUGUAAUUUAUGUCCUGAGGCUCGAGGAUCAAUUCAAUGCCAUACUUGAUAAUGUCAAUGAGAUGAUAAAACAACGUGAAGGUUUGGGAGAUUGUAUAAAUCAUGUUGGUGAUUGUUCUUUACAAGCGCUUAAUAGUAAAUUUCGUAUGGGAGAUGGGAAGUCAAUUAAUAAUGCUGAACGUCAUAAACAAUAUGAUACCAUGUUGCAUUUAUUUGGAACUCUCACUAAUGAAGUUCAUUACUUAAUAGGUCGACAGGCCAUAAUGGAAAGUAUCAUAUUUGGUGACGUAUUUUUGGAAUACAGAAAUAUAAUAGAAGCUAUAAAGAAAACAGAAAAAUUGAAAUCAGUUAAGGGAUUAGAUUCAUAUGACGUACAAGUAGCGAUUGCAGAGGAUUCAAAGUUAACAGAGAAUGUACAAAAAGAGAAAGAAGAAUUUAUCAAUAAUGACCUUGAUAAUAUUGCAGAGUUUCAUGGCAUUACUGUAGUCAUGACGAGAGUAAAAUCUAAUUUACAACAAAAAAAUCAAUUAAAAUAUCAGCAGCAACAACAAAUUAAUAAUGAUGUAAAAUCUGUUCGAUAUGAUGGAAAUGAUUUAAAGAAAUCUCAUGAAACCUUUCAAAGAUAUGAUCCUUUAAAUGUUACACAUAUAUAA